AUGCAUGCUCCAUGUGAGAAACAUUUGGGUACUGUGAAGAGGGUUCUGCAAUACUUAAAUAAGACUUUAGAUUAUGGGUUGUUUAUAUCAGAAGAAGCUUAUUCGCAGCGGCUUGUGGCAUUUGUAGACGCCGACUGGGGAGGAAGCAUGGAUGACAGGAGAUUCAUCUCAGGUAACUGUGUUUACCUAGGUGACAACUUAGUGAUGUGGAGUUCUAAAAAGAAGAAAAUUGUCUUGAAGUCUACAACAGAAGCCGAGUAUCGAUGCUUAGCCGAUGUAGCCUCUGAUGUUACAUGGUUGAGUGCACUGUUAGAUGACAUGGGGAUUGAGCUUCUAGAAGCAUCAGCCAUCUGGAGCGACAAACCGGUAGCAGAUGGGUUGACCAAAGACUAUUUUCGAAUGUUCAGACAAAGACUGGGGGCGGUCUCUUUAGAAGAAGUUGAGAGUGAAAGAAGUGAGGAGCAUGUUGAAUAUAGCCAAGAAAGCUAG